UCAUUGAGAAACAGCAACAGAAAAUAAAAUAUCAAACGAAGAGACACAUUGGAACGAUUCAUUCAUCAGAUCAGCGCUGGAAGUGAUCACUUGUGUCAUCAUGCAUCUGAAGAUGAUAUUGUUCUUCGCGGUUCUUGGAUCAAGAUAUGGAGCUUCCGUCGGGGUAUGGACCCAGAUCUGUGGUGAUAAACAAUCUGAUAUAUGCAUAGAUGAGUUUUUUUGCACUUGGAGACGCCUUGUACGAAGUCCAAAGGAUAAAGUAAUCUGUCCACUUCUAAAAAAACUUGCAAAUUGUUUGAAAGAAGCUGUAAAAGAAUGCCCGGUAAUGAUGAGAAGUCCAGAUACGGAAGCAGGAAGGCGAAAAAUUAGGAUCCUAAUAUCUGACACCUGUACUGAAGGAGGUCUGGAAAUUCCAAGGAACGUCACACUAUGUUUGCAUACUAUAAAAGACGAAUUGUGGGGAUGCGUUGACGUAGGUAAAGCCAAAACACAAGAAUAUGUCAGUCAGACGCCAAAUAGGGAAGUGAAGGACAAGGACAAAUUACAAUGCUUGAUUCGUCAAUUUAUUGCUGAGUGCUUUGUACAGAAAACAGAGAACGGAUGUGGUAAAGAGGCAAGUGAAAUAGUCAUAAGAAAAUCUCUGAAGGCACCAACGCUAUUCGAAGCUUGCAUCAAGCACAUACUAAAAGAAAUAUCGAAAGACAUCAAGCAGAGAGAGGUGGAUGCUUACAGGCCAAGACCCUAUAUUUAUAAAUGAGCCCAGUGCGAGCUUCAAGGAUUGUGUUUUUAAAGAAAAUUUAAAUUAUUAAUGAAUUUUUUCAUUUACGAAAUUAUUAUGAAUAAAUUAAUUUACUUUUGUUCUUAUAA